AUGGCUUCUGCACACCCGCCGCCUUCUACAAGGCGAGGCCGCGAUGGUCACCAUGCAGAGGUACCCAUUGGCCGGUACUUGCGGAUGGAGGAGAUUGGCCGGGGAAGCUUUGCAACCGUUUACCAGGGAGUGCACUCGAAACAUCGGUCCUACGUCGCGAUCAAAUCCGUCAAUUUGUCGAAGCUCAACAAGAAACUGAAAGAGAACCUCUGGUCCGAAAUCGACAUUCUCAAAGGGCUUCAUCAUCCACACAUCGUCGCCCUCAUCGACUGUCACGAGUCUACCUCGCAUAUCCACCUAGUCAUGGAAUACUGUGCCCUAGGGGACCUGUCUCUAUUCAUCAAGCGACGCGAUUCUUUACGGGACCACCGAUAUACCAGAGACAUGAUCAUCAAAUAUCCUAAUCCCCGAGUCGGUGCCCUAAAUGAAGUUGUCGUACGACAUUUCCUCAAACAACUUUCAAGUGCUCUCAAGUUUCUUCGAGAUCGAGAUCUUAUCCACCGCGAUAUCAAACCACAAAAUCUACUCCUUUGCCCGUCUCCUAUCUCUUAUCGCAGCGGCGUCGCUCAAGUGGUACCAUUCAAAGGCAGCGACGACUCGUUCACGCCUCUGGCUGGUCUAGAGACGCUUCCGAUGCUCAAGAUAGCUGACUUUGGAUUUGCUCGAUCUCUUCCCUCGACCUCUUUGGCCGAGACUCUUUGCGGCUCUCCUCUCUAUAUGGCUCCCGAGAUCCUACGCUACGAAAAGUACGAUGCCAAAGCUGAUCUUUGGUCGGUUGGGACCGUCUUGUACGAGAUGGUCGUCGGAAAACCCCCUUUUCGGGCUUCUAACCAUGUCGAGCUUCUUCAUAAGAUCGACCGACAUGACGAUAAGAUCAGGUUUCCGGACGAUAUCGAGAUAUCUGACAAAGUCAAGACUCUCAUUCGGAGACUACUGAAAAGGAAUCCAGUUGAACGGAUGGAUUUUGCCGACUUCUUUGACAACAUUGUUAUUCAAGAGGAUAUACCUGGUCUUGUAGGGGACGAUCUUGCGUCAGCUCGACGCCGUUCUUCUGUUGAAGCCGAGGCUACAGGUCCUAGCAGCCCGCACCCGGAUACUCAAGACAGUAGAACUCGUUCGAUCCGAGACCAAAGGCCAUUUGAAGAUACUAAUGAGCCUUCGGCCACUCGCCCCAUCCCAACUCCGCCUCCACCGUAUGGCAGCCCUCGGGCUGUCUCGGGCACUCCACCCAGGCCAGAAGUUCUACAACACACCACAAGUGGUGACAAGGCACCGCGCACAAGUGAUUUACAACGAACUGCAAUGAUGGGCCAACGACCUAGGCCGGUAUCACAUGUUACGGCUCCAGCGCGGCAAGAGCUGCUUGACCGAAACCAACUAGCAAUUGAACGGCGACCAAGCCGCACCUCACCACUUUCAUCGCCCGUUAUAGAGCAGGAACAAACCGCAAAAGACCAACGUGAACGUGCCGCACAGGAUGUAGCUUUUGAACGUGACUAUGUGGUUGUGGAGAAACGGGCAGUAGAAGUCAACGCUUUUGCAGAUGAGCUGGCCAACAGCCCUCGAAUUCACUCAGGAACUGGUCUAGCUGUUUCUCGACAAUCCGGUGGCAUUGUACGACGAGCUACUGUACAAACUGUCCCGCAGACAAAUAACUCGGCUUCACCAAAAGCCGUACAGAUUUCUGGCCGAAGCCGGGCUGAUUCCCACACUCGCCAAGGCUCUUACGAACGCCGCUACGGCCAGAGCCCUACGUCAGCUACAUCGGCCAUCUCAAAGGCUCUCAACAUGGCAAGCGGUCGGUUAUUUGGGGUUGGAUUCUCUCCUCCCGUAGGACUCGGCAAAGGAGGACGGUCGCCCCCGCUAGCUUACAAUCCAUUUCCUGCAUAUCCAGCGGCACAACAGAGUCUUCUCCUAACAGGUGACGGGAGUAAGGCAAACACUGCUGCUAUUGACGAAGACACGAGAACAAUUCAAUUUAUCGAGGAAUGCGCUACUCGGAGUGAUGUCGUUUAUGGGUUUGCCGAGGUCAAGUAUAAGCAACUUAUUCCACUCACUCCGUCCGUGCAGACUGAUCAAACUGGAAAGCCUGGUGAUCAAAUAUUCUCUGAUUCUGACGACGGUGAGUUGACUCCGGAUGCUGUGGUUACGUUGUCCGAAGAGGCACUGGUACUGUAUGUGAAGGCUUUGGCUCUUCUUGCAAAGUCAAUGGAUAUCGCUGGGACCUGGUGGGCUCGCAAAAACCGUGGCGACAUCUUCAGUGAGACAAGCCCAGGAAUGUCUGCCACUGGUGCUCUGGUAGGCACGCGCAUCAACAAUGUUGUGCAAUGGGUCCGCAAUCGAUUCAAUGAGGUCUUGGAGAAGGCCGAAUUUGUCCGUCUGAAACUGAUUGAAGGCCAAAAGCGACUUCCUCCCGAUCAUCCGAGCCACCCUAGCAAUCAUUCGGUCGAUUCUGCCUCGGUCGGUGCUUUAGGCACUUCUGCUGAUAACGUGAUUGUCAGUUCUGGAGUUACUGCAGAGAAGUUGAUGUAUGAUCGCGCGCUGGAGAUGAGCCGAGCAGCCGCCAUCAAUGAGCUAACCGGAGAAGACCUACCGGGUUGCGAGAUUGCGUACAUCACCGCUAUUCGCAUGCUUGAGGCUGUUUUGGAGAAUGACGAACUGCCGCGCACGGGUAAGAGUGGUGACAAAGGUGCGGAUAACGAUAGGAUUGUCCUGGAUGGAGUCCAAGUGGAGGAUCGAAAGGUCGUUGUCAAACUGGUGUCGAGCAUUCGAACCCGAUUGUCCUCACUUCGCAAGAAAAUCGCUGUUGUGAGCAAGCGCAAAUCCGCUCCAGUCGGCACACCUCCUGGAAAAAUAACAUCUACAGGCAUGCGACCGAAUUCUCCUGCGAUUGCUUAUCCCGUGACUGGGGUGAGCCCGCCACGGUAG